AUGCCCAGCCCCCGGGUGUCUGCAGCAGAACUGCAGCGGGAGGAAGAGAGACAGGAGGCCCUCUUUAACAGCAGCAGACGCGGGCAGCAGCAGCAGCAGCAGCAGCAGCAGCAGAAGGGAGCCGCUGCUGCAGCUUUUAGCCCACCCCCCAUGCCGCCCCUGCGGCUCCCCACAAACUGCAACAAGCGGGCGGACAGCAUUGAAGGCUGCAUUUCGAAGCUGCUGCAGUGCGAGGCUUUAGCAGCAGCAGAAGUGCAGCAGCUUUGUCGAAAGUUAUCUGAAGUUCUUGUGCGGGAGCCAAACUGCUUGGCCGUGGAAACCCCCGUGACAGUCGCUGGGGACAUCCACGGCCAGUUUUACGAUUUGCUGGAAUUGUUUAGAGUUGUGUUCGUGCUGCGGGGCAACCACGAAAGCCGCAGCAUAACGGAAGUGUACGGGUUUUACGACGAGUGCAUGCGCAAGUUUGCUGCUGCUGCUGCUGCAUGCGUUUACAAAUCUUUCAUGGAAGUUUUCGAUUUGCUGCCGCUUGCUGCUGCUGUUGACAACGAGUACUUUUGCGCCCACGGCGGACUCAGCCGAGAAAUCACCUCCAUUGACCAGCUGCAAACCAUUAACAGGCAGCAAGAGCCUCCUUCUGAGGGUGGGAUGAGCGAGUUGCUUUGCGAAGGCUUCGCCCCCAGCAGCAGAGGCGCCGGGCUUCUUUGGGGCAAAGAAGUGACAGAGCGCUUUUUGCAUCUCAACAAUUUAAAAUGCGUUUGCCGAGCCCACCAGCUUGUUGCAGACGGAUACCAAUG